AUGUUCGCUCACGCGGUGAUGCGCGCCCUGCGCAAGAAUAAGACCCUUCGCUACGGAGUUCCCAUGUUGUUGCUGAUUGUUGGAGGUUCUUUUGGUCUUCGUGAGUUUUCACAAAUCCGUUAUGAUGCUGUAAAGAUUAAAAUUGAUCCUGAGUUAGAAAAAAAACUGAAAAUGAAUAAAGUGUCAUUGGAGUCAGAGUAUGAGAAAAUAAAGGACUCCACUUUUGAGGACUGGAAGAAUAUUCGAGGACCCAGGCCUUGGGAAGAUCCUGACCUCCUCCAAGGACAAAAUCCAGAAAUCCGUAACACUAAGACAACUUGA